AACAACAUUCUUCAAAAUAUCUUCUUUCGUGUUCUGCAGAAGAAAGAAAGUCAUACAGGUUUGAAAUGACAAGAGGGAAUCUGCCACGAGCCAUAUACAUCUCCAUCCCACUGGUGACCAUUGUGUACACUCUCACAAAUAUUGCAUACUUCUCAUCUAUGUCUCCCGAUGAGCUCCUUUCCUCCAAUGCAGUGGCUGUUACUUUCGGUGAGAAACUUCUUGGGGUGUUUUCUACUCUCAUGCCAAUCUCUGUGGCACUCUCAACUUUUGGGGGCAUCAAUGGUUACCUCUUCACCUCCUCCAGGUUAUGUUUUUCUGGAGCGAGGGAAGGACAUUUACCCAGUCUUCUGGCUAUGAUCCACUUUAAGCACUGCACACCGAUCCCUGCUCUUCUAGUCUGUUGCACCGCCACAAUCGUGAUCUUGUGCAUUGGAGAAACGCACAACCUUAUAAACUAUGUGUCUUUCAUCAACUACCUCUCUUAUGGAGUCACUAUUGCUGCCCUACUCUUCUACAGAUGGAAGAAGCCAAACCUAUACAGGCCCAUCAAGGUGAGUGUGCUAGUUCCACUGUGUUACCUGCUCUUCUGGGCUCUGUUGCUGGGCUUUAGUCUACACUCGGAGCCGUUGGUGUGUGGAGUCGGGCUGGUCAUUAUGCUUACUGGAGUCCCUGUCUAUUUCCUGGGGGUUUACUGGAAAGACAAACCAAAAUGCAUAUAUGACUUCAUUGAAUGGGCUACUUACCUGGGUCAAAGAGUAUUUUUCGUUGUUUUUCCACAAUUCGAUCCCAUUGAAGUCAUACCAGAAUGGACUGAUAAAACUUCUGCCACAAGCAAGGCUUCAGGACCUUUUUGAAAUUGUGUUAUUUUAAUUUGCCUGUAUAUUCACUUAAUAUGGCAUUGUAGCCGUAUAGUAAAAAAUGAAUUC